AAACUAAAUUUUAAACACACACACAGUACACAUGUACAGCCAUGUUGAUGUUGGAUCCGUCAUCAACGUCUCAGAAAAAGUGCCAGUAUUUUCCGUGUUUCUGUCCUUUUUGUGAUGUAGCGACUGUAAGAUGUUUACUGGCGCUACGAUAAGGUAGUAUAGUACACACACUUCUUCAUUUCGGGAUUUCCAUCCCCAAGAACGGAUGUAUUUUUAGGGUGAAUUGAUCGUAAGUUUUGACCCGGGCGGGCUGAAGACACGCCGUACGCAAGCUAGAUCGCCCACGAAGUUUUCUUGAAGGAGGGUCGGCCGUGCGUAACGGGAGCAGAUACCGCAACAAGGCUGGGCUUUAUGGACUAGCUCUCGGACUCUGUGGAUUUAUGCUGAGGUAUUACUGCCGUGAAACCACACAAAAGGCUCAUUCUGCUUGCGCUGGGAGUUCUUUCUUUGCGGGGCUGAUUGUUACUUGCAAGGAGGAUCUUAAGUGAAGGUGUCGACCAAGCAGCUUCGUAAAAUGAUUGACAGAUACUGGCUGACCCUGGCCCUACUGGGCGUGCUCUGGGCGGUCGCAGUGGGCAACAUCAUCGGUUGCAAUGAGAACAAGUGCGCGUCGGAGGUCAGCAAGUGCCAGCUGAUUGGCUCCUGCGGUUGCAGCUACCACGCCGACAACUGCACGUGCUGCUUGAACUGUUCCCGCUGUCUGGCCGCUUACUGGGAGGAAUGUUGCUCCUGUACAGGACUGUGCCCGGUGUUCGGAGAGGACCCCAUCCCAUCCUGGCAUCGGAGCACCCUGGUGGACCUCGACCCCUUCCCCUCUCUGUUCAACGCCUUGACCAGCUUGGAGGCCUCCCAAGACCCUAACCUGAGAUGGACGUCCUUCCCCCUCACGCUGAAGGAUCAAGGAAUACUGGUUCUUCCGACAGCUAUGCCUACAGUGUAUGAGGAUGAAUCGCCUGCGGUUGCAGCAGCCAACACUACGGUAUCCGAUGAGUGCAUCGUGGCCUACAUGCACGACUGCACCUCCCUGGAGAAAUGCCAGACGACCUGCAGAUCCAUGGGGGCGGCCCAGCAGCGCUGGUUCCACAACGGCUGCUGCGAGUGCAUCGGCGAGAUCUGCCUGAACUACGGCAAGAACGAGCCGCUGUGUAAAGAAUGUCUGGCUGGGGAAUAUUAAGCAGACACGGAGUUGUUACCGAGUUGAGAUCGAGUCCAUCACAAGUCGUAUCACAAAUCCAUUUAAACCACAGGUCAAAGAAAUGAGUACUUGUAUAGUCGUACUUAACAUGAGUUACGCCUUUUCGAUGGUUCUUUUUAGCUUGAAACUCGACUUGAGACUGCAAGUCUUUUGAUUGGCUUGUUAGGACUUAUGAUGGACUUGUGAUUGACUGGAGGACUUGUGAGGACUUGUAAGGAUUGUGAGGACUUGUAAGGAUUGUGAGGACUU